UUUGCCUCUCGACUUGGUUUGCACUGUUGAGAAGAAGGUUUCAGUAUAGAGAGAUUCUCUAUCUGGAGAUCAUUUAGGAGCAGAAAGAAAUGAAAACUAAUUGUUCAAGAAUCUCAAAGGUAUCAAAUGACCCAAAUUAUACCUUGAACUCGAUAAAGAAUGAGGUCGAGACUGCUACGAAGAUCAUGAAUCAAGGUCUCAGAAGAGAACUAGAAUAUCAACCCUUGGCUCUGCUCAAUAUUAGAAAAAAGAUUGAAAAACAGCAGAAGAACGGAAAGAAAAUUUUAACUAAGGUUACUUGGCCUUAUUUAAGAGAACAUCAGGGUGAUCCUUCUGAUGAAGAUAUUGAGGCAAGCAAGUUAGAUCUAAUAGAUUCUACGACUAUCUUAGGAAAGCAGAUAAAUGAUGGUGUCAAACUGUUGAUAUGCAUUACUCUCUAUAAUGAGCCAUAUUACCAAUUAAUCGAAAGUCUCAUCGGGGUCUAUAGAAACUACUUCGAGCUCUGCAAAUAAAGAUAAAUCUUACGAAAAUCAGGUUUCUAUUGUCAUUAUUGCAGAUGGUUUUGAUACAUUUGACUCUGUUAAGACAGGAGAUAUGAAAUUGUCCGAACAACUCGCAAAAGCUGGAAUUUACGAUGAAACUAAAAUGAUUCCUAAUUAUCUAGCAAUUGAUAAAGAUGGAAAAUAAGAUUAAGAAAGAACCUGUAGCUCUAAGUUUUAUGAGCAAAAUCAAAAAUAUUAUGGCAGAAGGAGAUAAUGUCCUAAAUAUGAAUUUUGAUACCCAUAAUCUAAUCCAUUGCUUUUCGAAAUUGAUGACGUUUGAACAGUUCUUUCAAGGAUUAGAUGAACAUACUCAAAAAUAUAUGCAGGUGGAUGGAUACCAUCCUCUUCAUUAUCUUUAUGGAGAUAUUUUAAAAGGAGCUGUGAAAAAUAAGAUUUUUUCAUCUUUGCCUCUCAAUGUGCAUUUUGCUGUAAAACACUUCAACAGAGGAAAAAUAGAAUCUCAUCUGUGGUAUUUCAAAGGAUUCUGACAAGCUAUUAAUCCUAAGUAUUGUCAUAUUCUUGAUGCAGGUACGAUAGCAACACCUAAAUCAUUUUCGACAAUUACAUUAUACAUGGAUUGACAUAAGCAAGUUGGAGGAGCCUGAGGUGAAAUCGAGGUUAUACUUCCAACUUAUAAUGAAGAUGGUACACCAAUCUCUUUUGUUAAAAGUUUCCUUCUCAGAGCACAGUACGUUGAAUACAAGCUGAGUCACUAUGUUGACAAAGCUGCUGAGUCUCUAUUUGGAUUUGUCUCUGUCCUCCCUGGAGCAUUCUCUUGAUUCAGAUUUAAGGCUAUAAAAGGUGAGCCUUUGGAUCGUUUCUUGCAAGGUAAAACUCUCACUGAUCCGAAUAAUGAUUCCUAUCCUGAUUGCUAUCUUGCAAACCAGUUCCUUGCUGAAGACAGGAUAAUGUGCUUAGAGAUCAUAGCUAAGGAGAAUGACAACAAUAUCAUUAAGUACGUUCCUGGGUGUAAAGCCUUAACAGAUGCUCCCUCCUCAUUAAGUAGUUUUAUUAAGCAGAGGAGAAGAUGGUUUAAUGGCUCUACAUUUGCUUCAUUUCAUGUGAUCAAGAAUAUGUGCAGAACUUGGAAAAGAGACAACUCAUGAUUAAGAAAUCUUUUCUUUAUGAUCUUAUAUGUUUAUAUGCUCUCAAAUGUUCUAUUAGGAUUUAUAUUGGUUGGUCUUUAUUAUGCUGCAUUUAGUAUCUUUUUAAGGUCAGUUUUGCCAUCAGAUGAUUGAAUUAGUGUUUCUGACGCAGCUAAUGUUCUGGAGAAUCUUUAUCUUGUGUUCUUGUUUUUCUGAUUCAUUAUUUGUACUGCAGUAAAAAUCCAAUGGGCAGAGAUACAUUUCAGAAUUUGAUCAUUCAUUAUGGGACUUUUCUCGCUUUUGAUGUUCAUAACUCUGAUAGCAGGAAUAGUACAAGAAGAUAUAAGUGGACUAAGUCUAAUAUUUAUUGCUAUUGUUGUUCUUGUUAUAAUCGUGCCUCUUAUUCUUCAUCUUCCUCAGCUAAAACUGUUGGACUUUAUUAAAGGAACUUUGUACUCAUUCUUCUUGAUUCCUACUUACAUCAAUAUCAUGAUUAUUUUUGCUAUCUCAAAUAUCCAUGACGUUUCUUGGGGAUCAAGGCCGAAAGGGGCUGACAUUACAAUUUCCUCUCUAAAAAAGAUGAACAUGACUAAUGAUUAUGAAAAUUUCAGGUCAAGAUUCCUUUUGUUUUGGGUGCUUAUCAAUGCAACUGCUGGAUGGUCAGUUGUCUAUCUCUCACGUGAAGGCCAAGAUAUUUACCUUGCAAUAGUAUCAGGAAUUCUUGCAGGCGUUGUAGGACUUAAGUUUCUUCUUUCUUUAUUGCAUGUUAUCCAAUCUACAUAUAAUAAUUGGAAAGUGAAAAGAUAUCUUAAGAGAGAAGGGAAAGAAGAGAGAAUCUUUAUUCCUGACCCAGAAGAAACUCACUUACUUUUUAACCCAUUCCAAAAGAAAACACAUAGCAUCAGUAAUCCAACCAUAGAGACAGCUUUAGAAGGAAUGGAAGCUCUAGUAUCUCUAUCUGAAAAUGAUAAAAGCACUUUUCAGACUCCAGAUUCACCAAAAUCCCAAAGCGAAGAGACAUCUAGGCCUAAAUCGAGAAAUAUAAAAAGGCCUCAAAUCCAAGAAGAUUCAUCAGACGAGGAAGAAAAGAAGCACAAUCCUUUCCAAAGAAUUCCUCACAGAAGAGAUAAGAUCAAAUCUACCCCAAAACAAAACAGCACUUUCCAAAACUCUGCAGAAGACUCUUCAAGAGAGAUUUCCAGAGAGCACAGAAGCCAUUCCCACAGUCUCGAAGAAAACAAAGAUUCCAGCAACACAAGACUACCCAUCCUCCGGCACCCUACCGACACAUUCGACUCAAGAACCUCCUUCUCAACCCCUCUAACAGACAGUGACUAAUACCCUAAAAUCUUCCUUCUCGCCUAAAACCUCUGGCU